CUCCCACUUCCGCUGGCGGCGGUCCCAUCGCCCUCAACAGGAAGAGCGGUUGUAGGAACUUCCGGCGCGGUCACGUGGGGACCAUCAUGGCGGCGAGUGGAACGUGAGCAGAGAGCCGCGACCCCGAGCCCCCAGCAUGGUGACCGAGGAAGAGGUGGCCGCCGUCGGCCGCACGCUGCUGGACGCUGCCCAGCCGCUUCCCGCCCGCUUCCGCGCCCUUUUCACCCUCCGCAACCUGGGCGGCCCCGCGGCCAUCGACUGCAUCGUGCGGGGCUUUGCCGAUAGCUCGGCGCUGCUGAAACAUGAGCUGGCCUUCUGCCUGGGCCAGAUGCGCGACCGUGCCGCCAUCCCCGCGCUGCUCGGCGUGCUGCAGGACAGCCGGCAGGAGCCCAUGGUCCGGCACGAGGCAGGUGAGGCCCUGGGUGCCAUUGGGGAUCCUGAGGUGCUGGACAUCCUGAGGCACUACUCAGAGGAUCCUGUGGUGGAGGUGGCAGAGACGUGUCAGCUGGCCGUCAGGAGGCUGGAGUGGCUGCAGGAGCACGGGGAGGAGCCAGGCAGCAGCCCCUACCACUCGGUGGAUCCUGCUCCCCCCGCCGAGGAGACAGAUGUGGCCACGCUGCACGCAGUGCUCCUGGAUGAGUCGCGCCCGCUGUUCGACCGCUACAGGGCCAUGUUUGCCCUGCGGAACCUGGGGGGCCGUGAUGCUGUGCUGGCACUGGCUGAUGGGCUCCGUGCUGGCAGCGCUCUCUUCCGCCACGAGAUCGGCUACGUGCUGGGCCAGAUGCAGGACGAAGCCUGCGUCCCACAGCUGACUGCUGCACUGUGCAGCCGUGCUGAGAACCCCAUGGUGAGGCACGAGUGCGCCGAGGCGCUGGGCUCCAUCGCACGGCCCUCCUGCCUGGAGACCCUGCGUGCCUUCGCCCAGGACGAGGAGCGGGUGGUGCGGGAGAGCUGCGAGGUGGCUCUGGACAUGUACGAGUAUGAGAACGGCCCCCAGUUCCAGUAUGCUGAUGGGCUCUGCAGGCUGCAGGCUUGAGCCCGGCUGGGCCUGCUGCCUCCUUCCCCCGGCGUGCUUUCCCUGUUCGCCUCCAUCGGCGCGGAUCCGUGGUGGAGGCGGAACCGGGUUUGCUCUCUGGCACAAUUACAGCUGCCUUCUGCAUCCAAA